UCCUUUGUCUGAGUCCUUUCGGUCCUCCGCCUAGUUAUUUAUUUAUUUCCGUUUCGUUUGUGGGGUAUAUUUUUAUAUAUCCUUAUCUCUCGGUUAUUGAAUGACAUUCGAUUCCGACACAUAUAUGCCUAAAAGCAAAGCCCCCAAAAUGGAUGAUCUGGACUACAUCCCAGCGGACCUGAGCCCAGAGGAGCGCUCCGAGCUGGAGGAGAUCCGGCGCAGGAAAGGAGCGCUGUUUCUGGAGAUCCAGCGACUGAAAGAGGAGCUGAGAGAAGCCAUUAUUGAGGUGGAGGGGCUGGAGAGCAGCACAGAGGGCAGUAAAACAUUACAGAAGAGUCGACAUGUGGCCGUGGGCAGGAAGAAAUUCAACAUGGACCCGAAAAAGGGCAUUGUAUUCCUAGUGGAGAAUGAGCUCCUCAGACACACUUCAGAGGACAUUGCCCAGUUUCUGUACAAAGGAGAAGGACUCAAUAAAACGGCAAUAGGAGACUAUCUGGGUGAAAGAGAUGACUUCAAUAUCAAAGUGUUGCAGGCUUUUGUUGAUCUUCACGAAUUCACGGAUCUGAACUUGGUACAAGCACUUCGGCAGUUCCUGUGGAGCUUCCGCUUGCCUGGCGAGGCGCAGAAGAUCGACAGGAUGAUGGAGGCCUUUGCACAGAGAUACUGUCACUGCAAUCCUGGAGUCUUCCAGAGCACAGACACCUGUUACGUGCUGUCGUUUUCCAUCAUCAUGUUGAACACCAGUCUGCACAACCCUAAUGUGCGGGACAAGCCCACAGUGGAGCGCUUCAUCAGCAUGAACAGAGGCAUCAACGACGGAGGAGAUUUACCCGAGGAGCUGCUCAGAAAUCUGUAUGACAGCAUCAAGAACGAGCCCUUUAAGAUCCCAGAGGAUGAUGGGAAUGACCUGACGCACACUUUCUUCAACCCUGACAGAGAAGGCUGGCUCCUCAAACUGGGAGGUCGUGUGAAAACAUGGAAGAGACGGUGGUUCAUUCUGACUGAUAACUGCCUCUAUUACUUUGAGUACACAACAGAUAAGGAGCCCAGAGGCAUCAUACCAUUGGAAAACCUGAGCAUUCGAGAGGUCGAAGAUCCCAGAAAGCCAAACUGUUUUGAGCUCUACAUCCCUAAUAACCGCGGGCAGCUGAUAAAAGCGUGUAAGACGGAGGCCGACGGUCGAGUGGUGGAGGGAAACCACAUGGUGUACCGGAUCUCAGCUCCCACUCCAGAGGAGAAGGACGAAUGGAUCCACAGCAUCAAAUCCGCUGUGAGCGUGGACCCCUUCUACGAGAUGCUUGCAGCCAGGAAGAAACGCAUUUCUCUAAAGAAGAAAGAAGAGCAGCCCUGAAAGUCCGUCCAUCCAUACGCUCCCUCCAUUCUCUGAGAAACCAAUGAUCCUUCAUUAAGGUAGCUCUCGUCAGAUCGAUCUGUUAUGCUGGUUUAUGGAGAGAUGGAUGUCGUUGGGGAACCUGGACAUCAUCAUCUUCGGUUUGGAUUUCGGUGGUCUGGACUGCAGCUCUUAUCUCCACACUUCUCCUACAUUUGCACACUACACAGUGUUAUUUACUAUCACACUAGUACACACUACACAUACUCACUUUAUCUCGCUGACAUUCCAUAGGACUUCACUGACAAACGUAACAUUCAUGAAUCUGCGUACAUCUCCAUCCUCAUCUCACGCUCCCUCCGCUCUCACAGUUCCAGUUCCUGCUAUUGACAGCAUUUUACUGUGAAGUUCUUACACGAACAGAGUAGACGACCAAACAGCCUGAUGCAUUCUUCUUCAUCAUCAUCAUCAGGGGCGGAUCUAUCCGAACCUUUAGCAGAGAUGAGCGCUGAAGGCUUUUGUUAGUUCGGUCGCUAUUGAUUUACUGAGUCUAUGUUGCUGCCUGUCUUAAACUUAUUUUAUGGGAACUGACACUAUUUAUCUCUUACUCGUUUGAGUGUAUUUACAUGUUAUAAAUGAAGGUCAUUGCUUUUCACACCACAUGAUGAACUUCACUUCAGUUUACCUAUUAGUUACAUAUCACUUCCAGCAUAUCUGUGAAACAGGAUGUGUGUUUUACACUGUUAUUGGUAUUGAUAACCCCACCGGUGAUGUCAUUUCCUGUGCACAGUUGAUGACAACUGUAUUGAACUAUUGAACUGACCCAUCGAAGCACCUGUGGAAGUGCUCGUCAUUAUAUGUGAAUCCUUAAAUAAGCUCCUUCACCUUAAGAAAAGAGCCUUAAAAAUCCCACAGCCCUGAAUGUUCUUACACAAGUGUUUCAAAAACUCAACCACUGGGGCUGCGAAACUGUUCUUGGGCGAAUCUCACGAAAACAUGUCCAGAUUAUAUCGCACACAGAAAACAGAUUUUUUUUGUGUAAAGAAAAAGGCAGAUUUUCAAGUUGUUUUAAAUUCAUUGUUAUCAUCAUUUGGCAUUAUUCUCAUAACUAAGCACAGUUCCUCUGUGUGAAUGAAAUCUAAUUUCUUAUUUCUCUGAAUUAAAUUUGACUCGUGAUCUUGACAGAUUUGGUGAGAUUCGCUCUUACUAUUUCCUACUACAAGCAAACUGUCUCGAUUGGGAAAAAAAAUCAUGCAGUUAAAGGACUGAAUAUGACCAUUUGCUGAAAAUGUACACACCCA